GGGGACCUUGCGUCCUUGCCAAAAGAGCAGAGAAGAAAAUCUGCAGAGAGCGAGCGGCGGCCAUGGGCAAGGAGGGGUGGCAAGCGGAGACCAUGGAGAGGAAGAUACACGGAGGGCCCCUGACGCUGGAGAAGUACCACCGCUUCUUCGCCGAUCCAUGGGGCGCCCGCAUCACCAUCGACCACCUCAACCACAUCCUCUCCAUGCAUGGCUUCGUCAAGCUCCACCGCCAGCACAAGAGGAAAAUCAUGGACCACCUGGUGGGGCAGGUGGACCUGCAGCCGCCGCGCCGCUCCACGCUGCACACCGCGGCCCGGCUCGCCGCCGCGAACAUCGUCGCCGCGCAGGCCGUGGCCGACGUCGCCGCGAUCGGCUGGACGGAGUGCCCCAUCGGCUGCGUCUCCGUCUACGCCGGCUUCGGGGAGGCCCCGGCGGCGCCGCUGGAGCCCAUGCCCCCGCCGGCGGACCACGUGCUCUCGCUGGCGGUGCGCCGCGCGCGGUCCAAGCGGACGCGCGGCUCCGCUUACCCGCGCCGUGCCGCGUCCAAGGAGGCGCUGUGGGUGAAGGACGAGGACCUGGAAGAGGGGGAGAUUUGGCAGCCACCACCAUCCCCUCCGCCGCUGUGGGCGCGGUCCCCGACUCCGCCGCCUCCGCCUCCGUCGCCCCCGCGGCCACAGACUGUGGUGCCUCCUCCUCCUUCGUCGACGUGCUCGGUCCAGUCUAAGUUGGAGCCGAUCCUCUCAUCGCCACCAGACUUCAGCUCGCCAUCACCACCAGGCUUCGGCUCGCCACAGCCACCCGGCUUCAGCUCGCACCCGCCACCGUGCACGAGCCGGCCUACAUUGGCGCCGCUCCCUAUCCCACAGGGCUUCGUCUCGCCGGCACCACGGUGCUGGAGCCAGCCUACGUUGGCGCCGCUCCCUCCACCACCAAAAGGCUUCCGUGCGCCCCAGGUGACGCCUCCUCCUCCGCAGCUAUCCUGGGGCUUGCCGUUGCCUACUGUGCAACCGCCGUCAGGCCCAGGAGCGCCGCCUGCGUUCACGCAUCAUUUUCAGCCUGCAGGACCGGCACCACACUGGCGACCGACGAUGCCGCCGUCUUAUCCAGCAGCGUGCUGGGGCGCGCCCUCUGUGCUGCCGCCACAGCAAACGCCCUGGCGCUGGCCGCUUCCACCGCCGCGCUGGGCACCGCCUCAUAUGCAGCAGCACCAGCGGCCGACGCCACCCUGGGGCUGCAUGAGGCCGUCGGCACCUCCUGGCUCAACAUCCGCCGCGUGUCCUGGAGCAGCAGUAUAGGUAGGGGCUGCUGCCUGCAUAGUCUUCGCUAAGCGCAACAGAGUUCACUACACGGUGACACGAGAUUAGGGAUAAGUUAUCAUCUUGUUAGAGUUCUUUUUUGAAAAUUUCAUCUUAUUAGCGUUGCGAACCGUAGUUUGUUUACUUGCAUCUGUUUCCCUGCACCUCCAUUUGCUAGUAUUGCCAUUGUAUAGUGCUCUCAAACAUGCAUGGUCCGUGGAAUAUUGCAAUGAAUCGUGCCCCGUUUGUUCAAAAAAAUAAAUCGUGCCCCGUCAUUUUCUCUUA